CUUCCUACAACAAAACCCUACACGAGUGAGUUUCAGAUUCUGAGACGCACGCUAUUUCUUCUUCAUUCAUCCGAUUUCAAUCUCUCUCUCUUUCUCUCUCCGCCGCAACAAUGCCUCCUAAAUCCGCCAAAUCGAAGGAAGCUCCAGUUGAACGACCCAUCCUUGGUCGUUUCUCUUCUCAUCUCAAGAUUGGAAUCGUUGGUUUGCCAAAUGUUGGAAAGUCUACACUUUUCAAUACACUCACAAAAAUGGCAAUUCCUGCUGAGAACUUCCCCUUUUGCACUAUUGAGCCUAAUGAGGCAAGGGUCAAUGUCCCUGAUGAGCGUUUUGAGUGGCUUUGUCAAUUGUUCAAGCCAAAAAGUGAGGUCUCUGCUUUUUUAGAAAUCCAUGACAUAGCUGGACUGGUUCGAGGUGCUCAUCAGGGGCAAGGGUUGGGAAAUAGUUUUUUAUCUCACAUCCGGGCUGUUGAUGGCAUUUUUCACGUUCUACGUGCAUUUGAGGAUCCAGAUAUUAUCCACGUAGACGACACUGUUGACCCUGUGAGGGAUUUAGAGGUUAUUACUGAAGAGUUACGGCUGAAGGAUAUUGAAUUCAUGCAAAACAAGUUAGAAGAUCUUGAAAAGAGCAUGAAGAGGAGCAAUGACAAGCAGUUAAAAAUCGAGCUUGAAUGUUGUCAAAAGGUCAAGGCAUUCAUUGAGGAGGGAAAAGAUGUACGCCUGGGGGAUUGGAAAGCUGCUGAGGUUGAGAUUUUGAAUUCCUUCCAGUUGCUUACUGCCAAGCCUGUUGUAUACUUGAUUAAUAUGACUGAAAGAGAUUACCAAAGAAAGAAGAAUAAGUUUCUUCCCAAAAUUCACACAUGGGUCCAGGAACAUGGUGGUGGACAAAUGAUUCCUUUCAGCUGUGUCUUAGAGAAGAAUCUUUCAGAUAUGCCUCCUGAUGAGGCGGCUAAAUACUGUGAGGCGAACAACGUUCAAAGUGCUCUUCCGAAAAUAAUAAAGACUGGAUUCUCAGCUAUCAAUCUCAUUUACUUUUUCACAGCAGGACCUGAUGAGGUUAAAUGUUGGCAAAUUAGACGCCUAACAAAGGCUCCUCAAGCUGCAGGGGCUAUCCAUACUGAUUUUGAGAGGGGAUUUAUUUGUGCCGAGGUGAUGAAAUUUGAUGAUCUAAAGGAACUUGGAAGUGAGUCAGCUGUAAAGGCUGCUGGAAAAUAUAAACAAGAAGGGAAAACUUAUGUGGUCCAAGAUGGCGACAUUAUAUUUUUCAAGUUCAAUGUUUCUGGUGGAGGGAAGAAGUGAAACCAGAAAUUCACCUUUAGUAGCAAUUGUCUGCUUUCCAUGAACUGUGUUUUAUGAUGGACACGCCUACCAUGUUUUUGAGCAUUAUGUAAGAAGUUGAAAGUGUAAUUUUUGGGAAUUUUCAUGAUUAUGUACUUAGGUUAAUUAUUUCUAGUGGAUUUUAACUUUAGCCAUUUCCAAAAUUAUAACUUGUUUAAGUUACGUCUUAUAGCAGUUUUGAAGACAUAAAUGUUGGUGAGUUGAUGCCUAUUGAGUUAUUGCAUGUUAAAGAGUAAAUUUGAUGUGAA